GGAAAUCAACUAACCACCAAAAUUCCUUUCUCAAAAUCUCAAAACCUCAAAUUUCAAAUCUUCUCUUUAUGGGAGUAAAAGAAUUAACACAACCAUCAGUAGGCAGUGGCCGCAGAAACAAUGCUCCUUCAAGCCCUUACAUCGACCCCUUCCUUUCCCCAUUUUCAUACUCAUUAUCGUCGGCAGAACUCUCUGCGCCUGCGUGUUGCUCUCAUCGUUUCAAGAUUGAAUGGAGUAAUGAGAACGUCUCUUUCGGAGAGAAGGAAUGGAGGAAUGGCGAUUUCAGCUUCCAAUGUUGAAAGAUCAAAUAUCAGUGUGGAGAAAAAAAGAAAAGUUGUGGAACAUGUAUGUCUGCUCAAAGCAAAGCAAAAUUUGUCUGAAGAGGAUGAGAAUGACAUGCUAGAUUAUUUGUACACUUCCCAAUAUCAAAUGCGUGGAAUUGUAGCAAUAUCUUUGGGACGCAUCUCCAAUAACACUGUAGAAACUUAUACUCAUGCUGUUGUCAUGCGUUUCCAAAGAAAGGAAGAUGUUGAGAAGUUUUAUGAGAAUCCUUUCUAUUUGAGAGUUCUCAAGGAGCACGUAAUGCCUUACUGUCAUGGAUUAAUUAAUGUAGAUUAUGAAUCUGAAGUGGAAGAUGAUAUUCUUUCUAUAUUUCGUAAAGGAGAGGAGUUCAAUUAUGGUGUGGAGUUUGUUCAUCUCAUGGCAUUCAAUGAUAGUGCAUUUGGUGCACCCAUAGAAGAUGCAUUGGUAUCGCUUGAAAAGUUGACAGAGGAGUUUCCAUCCUUAAUUGUCCAAUCUACUCAUGGUUCCAAUUUUAAUAGCAGCAGUCAGGAAUAUACACAUGGGGUAGUGACGAGAUUUCGAUCAUUGGAGGCAUAUGAGAUGUUUGUAGGCAGCAAGGAGUACAAAGAU